AUGAACAACCCCGCACGCCCUGUGCUUGCCCUGCCUGGCGGACUUGGCACCACGAUCACGCCGAUGAACUCACCGACACGUCCAAGUGCCAUCUCUUCCCCUCCCCUCCAUGGUCUCUCGAAGGACCCUACUGACUCACGAAGGGCCGAGUUCGAUCGCGUCUGCUACUUCAUAAAGAAACUGAAGGACGUCCGCUCUUCUGACAGUGAAUCCCCUUCUCGUCGCGACUCCAUCUCGCUCGCUCGUGCCCUUCCUCCCGCCGAUUUGGUUGACAGCGUUGGCGAUUCCGCGUCAUCAUCCCCUUCGCUCAACAGAGACGCCGACACGGCCUCUGCCUCCUCCCACUCAGUUUCCUCCUCUGUUGCCGUCGUUGAUUCUGUCGCUAAUGCUCAUCACGACAAACCCAACUCAGGCGACGAGAUUCCCGAUGAUCUCGCUCCCCUUAUCGAUAACAUUCGAGGCCAUCUCGGCAAGCCCGUUCCGAAGGUCGACGCGUGUAUCGAUAGCGAGGACUCUGAAAGCGAGUCUGACGAAGACAGUGAGCUCGCCGAUAUGAGUUACUUCCCCCCUACCGUAGCGACAACUUCAUCUACGACUUUCACGAGGAUCAACCGUCCUCGCCGCAACACCGUCGCAACGUCUGGACCCGCUAGCGGCUCUAGGCCGGACACCGACGAGUUUCUGGGGUCUAGGAUUCGACAGCUGAGACGCUGGAACAGGAGGAUGACGGUCGUGCUGGAGGAGUCGCAGAGGAGCUUCAGGCCUUUGGGCGAGUCGGUGUAUUCCUCCUCGUUUCAGGCAGUAGGGGGGAACGGUAUUGGAUUUGGUGAGAUGAGGAGGGAUCGUGUGCAGUGGGAGGAUAGGCCGAAGCAGAAGGGUAAGGAGCCCGAAAGGCAGGGGUUGAACGUGACUGGAGGUGGUAAUGCUCCUGAGGCUGGUGUAGUCCCGAGGAAGCCUGUCACUACAGGCAGGAAGUCUCUUGGAUCUUAUGCCGAGGAAAGGGAGCGGAAGCGCCUUCAUGACCUUGCUAUUUGCGCGGCACAUAUGGACGGAGACAGAGAGAGGGAGGAACGUGAAGGAGAGGAAUUUUUCCGCUGUGUAGGGAAAGAGAUUUUGGGUAAUACGGUUACAGAGCUGGGCCCACCUCGCCGUUAG